GUGCAGAGGAAACAUCUCUCUCAGAAACUCCACACUACGAGACAUCCAUACGACCGCAUCCUGCUGCUACUCUGAUCAACGUUAAAAAAAAAUCCAUUACCACAAUCUUUCUGGCAAAUGUAGACUCGUCAGCAGUACAAGAACAAUUCUGAGCUAAGGAUACCACUGCAAUAACUGCUUAAAUAAGGAUAUGUUCGUAAGAACUGCAUGACUCUUGGGGAUUUAGAGCUUAGUUGUGAUUUUAAUAUUUGUCAGAUAUGCGCUCAUUUAAGGAUAUUGUAUGAAGAGUGCUUAGCCAAGGAUAUUAUGAAAGAACUGCUUAACUUAAGAAUAGUCUGGAAACUAAUAUGCAUGCAUGUACAACCUUGCAUGUGGUGUUAACAUGUAAUAUAUUAGUCUAUACUCUAUAACACAAAGAAAAUUUGAUUUAGAUUAUGAAUAAUAGUGAAAAGUUCCUAUUAGGACUGUAAUGAAUAUACGUGUUAGGCAAAAUCAAAAAAAAAGUGUCAAGUUUAGCAACUCGUGGUGAUUUUGAACAUUAAGUAACAACAAGCUCAGAGUAAUAUAUGCAUCUUUUAGUUAAUAAAUAUAUAAUAGGUCUACUGGGAUUUUCGACAAUCACUGGAAAAAGAAAUGAACACUAGAUUUUCUAACAUAUAAUGAUCAAUACACAAGUAAUUAGUGAUGUGAAUAAUGACCUGCAAGGAAGAUGUGGAACUGUUGUAAGAGCGAAUAGUAAGAAAGAGAGAUACCAUAAACGAGGAAGAAUCAUGGUUGUUCGUCCUACGCUUGCCACCAUGGCGAUGCCACUCAUCUUAGUCUUCACGUUGGCGCUGGUGGUAACAAAUACUGCCUCACCGCUGGAGGGCGACAUCAAGAAAGAAGGACUUAAGGAUGUCUUCAGCGAGUACGAUUACGAGGACUCGGACGAGUUGUGGAGGGAGAAGAGUAGGAGUGGGUUGUGUGUGCCGGGUUGCAGACGAGAGGGAGCUAUCAGACCGGACCGGACUUCCUGCCACCACUACUAUAUAUGUAUCCUGCAGCAGCAGCAAUUGGUCCUCCUGCGGUGCUUGUGUCCUCCUUACGCACCCGUCUUCAACAGGUAUCGCCAAAAGUGCUCCAGAAGCGCAAGAUGUCGCCCCUCCUGCGCCUCCCUCGACCACCUCUUCCUCACCUGGGAGCCGCUCAUUUAUGGAGACCACCAGUGUUUCACCAGUGUCACCAUAUAUGUUACUACACCUGUCACCAUACCUGAUGCUACAGCUGUCACCAUACCUGAUGCUACAGCUGUCGCCAUAUCUGCUACUGCCAACACUACAACAUCGGGUAGCACCAGUAUCACUGGCAACACAACUACUACUGUCAAUGCCGCCACCAACACAACUGCCAUAUUUGGCGGCUUAAUAUCUUCGGAUAUCACAGAUACCAUUACUAUACCGUCUUCGGUUACCAUAGCCACUACCAUGAUCACUCACUCACCAGUCCCCACUACCAUCAGUACACCAUUUGUAACUAUCAUACCCAGCAGCAAUACAGUGCCUCACAGUCCCACAGGCAUUUCACCAUUUCCAGUAAACUUCACUGAUAUUGAUAUAUCUGACCUCACCAUUCCUGCUCUCGUCACUACAAUACCAUCACUAACCACCAUACCAGAAACAGCUGUCACACUCACCAUCACCACAACAUUACCACCUCUAGCCACCCUUGAACCUGAGACCGAACCUAUCACCAUACCAGCCUUCACCACAUCCGCGACACUGACAAGUUCCUGGGGCUGUAACAGCAUACAAUGUGUGUCGCUUAAUUCUCGAGUACAGGACUUGCACAACUGUAGCAGGUACUACAAGUGUAUCCUAGAGGAAGGCCGCCUUGUAGCCCGUCCCUUCAUCUGUCCAAGUGCCAUGCCCGUGUUCAGCCACCCGCUGCAGCUUUGUCUCGCAGGGGUCAAGUGUCACACUCCGUGUUCCCUCUCUCCCGUAAUCUCUCAAGAGGUCGACGCUCUUAAUCUUACGGAAACAGAGAUACCCGUAGAUGAUAGCCAAGAUACGACAUAUCCUGAAACAUCUCCAGUUGUUCCACUAACGUUUAUAGAUACUUCAGAUUCUUACUUAGUGGCCUCUGAUGUCACAACGAUGUCACCAGAGGCUACAGAUGGGGUCAUAACUUCAUCCGAUAAUAUCACAGAUAUAAUAGCAUCAUCCGAAAUGUCUACCAUAGUCUCAGUAUUAGCUGACAUACAGGUUGUGACGCCAUCAUCACCAGACAAUUAUUCAGUCUCCCCGACAUCACCCAAAACCCCUACCAUCAUUCCAUCACUAGACAUACCUAAGGUCGUCACAGCGUCACCUGAUGUACUUGAAGUAGUCUCAGUAUCUGGUACACCUGAAACAUCAUCAACGAUAUUUCUUAUACCUAUUACAGCGCUUGCAGUAUUUCCAGACAAUGUAACGCUAUUUGAUAUAAACACAGGUGAUGAAUAUGGUGAGGCAGCUGUAACUGUUACAAAUUCGGAAAUAUCCGGGUUACCAACAGUUGCACUAUCACCAGAAAUGACGGAUACAUUUGAGGCAACUAUCAAACCAACAGACGUUCCUGGUGUGUCUGCCGAGACACCACUGACAGGAGUGGCGGCUGUCGCCGAGGUCAGUACUGUAACUCUUCCGUGGGAAGCGACGUGUGACUUACUGUGCCCAGCGCCAGAUGUUAUGGUUGAGGAUCCUCAUGACUGUCACUACUACUUUCUAUGUCGGUUUACUAAGGACUUUCUUCCGACACCCAUUAGGAUAAAAUGUCCACCAAAACGACCAGUGUUUAAUGCCGUGGCUGGUGGUGUGUGCGUGGAGAGAUACCCUUGUAUGGUGAGGUGCUCUAUCAACGCCACUAUUAAUAUCUUGACACCUUCGCAACCCACAGUCACUUCCGUUUCGGCACAUCCCGACGUUAAUACCAUUACAACUCCCGCCUCCGAUGCAACUACACUCUCCUCACUCUCUCCAUAUGAUGUUAAUACCAUCACAACUUUCGAGUCCACUCCAGCUACAUCCGCCUCUCUCUCCCCACGACCCGAUAAUACCAUUACAAUCUCUACUUCAGUUACACUCACCUCCCUCCCCCUAUAUCCAGCCAAUUUUAACACUGAUACUAACUCUACAACAGAAGCCACUACCACGCUUGACAAGACACAUACGAACUUUACCUCUGACUGUAAUCCGACGUGUCUAGUCGCUGACUCCUGGUUGGCAGACCCAACGGACUGUCACUACUUUUAUGUCUGCCACUUUAUAAAUGAUGACAUAGCCAGACCUCGUCGCAUCAAAUGCCCAUUUUAUCGACCAAUCUUCAAUCAGGAGCUGGGAAGAUGCACUGCCGAGGGUCGCUGUGUCACCUCUUGUACUCAUGCAACAAACUUAAGUGAGACAGCCGUGUCUUCUACAGCGCUUGACACACCCAACUGUCUCCCCACUUGUGUAUUCCCGAACUCUCGUAUGUCAGACCCCACAGACUGUUAUCAUUACUACAUUUGUAUCCUUCUCGACAGCCUUUUUCCCCAGGCCGUCCGCAAGAAGUGCCCACAGUCAAGGCCAUUUUUCGACAAUACAAGAAAAGUUUGUAUGCCAGAUGCCAAGUGCACAAUAACUUGCAGUCAACAAGGUUCAACAGCCGCCCUUACAGAAACUCUUGUACCCCCAGCUGACGCCUGCUACCCAGUAUGUCUCCAGCCAGAGUCUUUGGUGGCUGACCCCCAAGACUGUAACCAUUACUACAUCUGUUCAGCCACCAGCGGUACUAAUGUCAGUCCCACCAGGGUAAGGUGCCCAUCACACCUCCCCGUCUUCGACCACUUCACAGGCAGCUGCUCCAGGAAUGCCCGUUGUACUGCAACUUGCAAGUCAAAGAUCUUCAGCACAACCCCUGCCCCUACCGAAUCCAUUCCUACUAACAUGAUAAACAGCAGUAGCAGCAGCACCGCCACCACUACCACCCACAGUGUUCUCGACAGCAGUGUGGGAGAGGGAUACAAGCCGUGGGGAUGUCAUCGACCAAACUGUUCCUCACAUAAUACCCUCCACCACGACCCUUUGGACUGCCACUACUACUAUCUGUGUAUGAUUGACAGGGGUGAAUAUCAUCUCACUAGGAUCCGGUGUUCGCCCCAGAGACCUAUCUUCCACCUGCCCACCUACACGUGUCGCAGGUCUGUUCCUUGCAUUACCACCUGCCAAGAUAAGAAUGCUUUAUCUUCUGUUAUAACCCAUGCCACAAGCACCAGUAUUAACACAGCAGACACUAGUCCAACAACCCAUACUACAGUCACCAGUAUCAACGUAGCAGACACCAGUAACAUUAUAGUCACCAGCUUUAGCAACACCACAACCACAGGAAACACCAGCUCCAUCACAGACAUUACCUCCACCACAGGCGUUACCUCCACCACAGGGGAUGUCACAUUCACCACAGGGGAUGUGAUAUCCACCACAGGGGAUGUCACACCCACCACAGGGGAUGUCACAUCCACCACAGGGGAUGUCACAUCCACCACAGGGUCUGUCACGUCCACCACAGGAGAUGUCACGUCCACCACAGGGGAUGUCACAUCCACCACAGGGGAUGUCACAUCCACCACAGGGGAUGUCACAUCCACCACAGAGGUUGUCAGCUUCAUCACAGACGUAAGCCACACCACAGAUGUGAGUCACACCACAAACGUAAGCCACUACACAGAGGAGGGUGACAUCGGUGAUGAUGUGAGGUGUGAGGCAGUGUGUCCCCGCGCCGGUAUCUUAAUAGCAGACCUCAGUAACUGUCACAAGUACUUCGUGUGUGUGUAUCUCAACAGUUUGGCUCCUCGACCCGUCCGUGCCACCUGUCCCACACACACACCUGUCUUUGACGCAACCAAAGGGAGGUGUGUGGGCCAUGCUCCGUGCUACCAACCCUGUUCUCAACACUCACAGCCUCCAACACCUGCUGGUAUAUCUCUAUCUUUACCAGUUGUUUCAGGUACCUUAGGAGUAGGUGGAGUGUGCCCCCACAGCGGGUACUUCGCGAGGGGUGGCUGCAGUAGCAACAGUUACACCAACUGCUACCAGAAGAGUGUGGGUGUGGUAGAGUGGUGCCCCACAGGACUGGUCUUCAACACUGUGCCCACAUACCCCUACUGCGUCCCUCCCUCCCACUGCCCAUAUGACCCAGUUACUCAGGGCAUCACCGUUAACACAACUGCAUGUCUCCACCCUGGAAGCUUUCCCAAGUGCGACCACUGCUGCCCUAACUUUAUACACUGCCAGUCGUCACCGUCUGGCCGAGGAUAUCACCCAGUGGUCAGAAGGUGCCCCGGGGGACUGGUGUUCAACACAGACCCCAGGUACCCCAUGUGUGUGCAGUCCCGUGAGUGCCCCACAGGGAGGCCCCAUGCAGCCAAGUGUGAGAGAGUGGGCAACUACCCUGCUUGUCCGGGCUGCUGCAGUAACUAUUACCACUGCACUAAUGAGGGCCACCUACAGCCCAGGACCUGCUCUUUCUCCCUCGUUUUCAAUCCCAACCCAGAAUAUCCUUUCUGCGUCCUUCCCUGGAAUUGUCCCUACAUCCCUCUUGCUGAUUCAGGUCUUCCCUGAUCAUCCCCACACUGCCUCACCUGCUACAAUCUCCACUAAAUCCAUCUCUUCCCCCCCCCCCACACACACAUACUCAUACAGACACGGAUACACACACACCUGCACCAGUUUCCACUAACACUUGAUGUCUCCUCCACUAUUCUUGAUUUUCUUUACAUUUACGAAGGUUAUAUUAAUAAUGUAAUACUUUAUUGUUUUUGGAAUAAACGCAGACGGCAAAAUGUUUUAUGUUUUUUAUAUAAAAUAUUAUGAGAGCACGAGGGCAUUACGUGUAUGUAGUUAAUUAUUAAAUGAUAAAAGCAAUGAGUAGUUGGGUUUAUUAUUUUUUACCAACACUUGUACUCAUUUAUCUGUGAUUGCAGGAGUUGAUUCUCAGAUCUUGGUCCCGCCCCUCAACUUGUCGCAUGCCAAAUACACUCCCUCCUAGCCUCGUGGGCCUUAUCGUACCUGUUCAUAAAAUUACGUAUAAAGCUUGCCUACAUGAUGUCAUUCCACUUCACGACCACCCUGUCACAAGAAAUAAUUCUUAACAUCAAUCUGUGUCCUUAACUAGCUGUGCCCCCGAGUACCUGUUUCCCGCCUCUCAAAAACCCUAUUUCUAUCAACACUACAAUUCCUUUGAAUAUUUUGCAUGUUGUUAUCACAUCUCCCCGGUUCUUCUAUCCUUCAGUGUCAUUGGAAUCAGUUUCGAAAGUCUCCCCUUGUAGC